GGAUUUGGAGUUGUGACGACCUAAGAAGUCCGAGAAUCAAACUUGACUGGAGAAAAUGAGAAGCAGAAGAAGAAAAGCGGAAGGGCAAUCGCUGGGAAUUGUGCUGCCAAACACGAUCACAUCGCUCACUGUCACUUCUCAAAAAGCUUAGUUAUUAUCAAAAGUACAACACCAUUCUCGUUCUCACUUGCUCUGCAUCCCAUUUAAUCCCACUGUUAAAAAAAGGGGAAAAAAAAGUGAAAGGAGUUUUGGCCCUUUGAUACGGUCAUCUCUCGGUCCCAUUCUUGUCUUUCCCUCUUUCCAUUCUCUCUCUUCACCCUCGACCCCUACGUCGCCCCCCUCAAGCACCUCCUCGAACCUAAAAACCCAAACCCCACUUUCACUGUCCGUCCAAUCCCACUCCAUCUUCGAUCCGCACAUUCUUAAAUCUUCAUCGCAGCUUCUUCGCUGAACAAUGUUACCGGUCCCGCGUCAUAACUCACGGGCUUCCAACUCCGGACCAAAACUCAGAUGAUGGAACUCACCGAUUCCGGCAACGAACUCAGGGACCACAAGCUGACUCAAGAUUCUCGCUCUGGACUGGGAAUCGACCUCAAUGAGAUCCCCUCUCCUUCUUUUGCCGAAACCCUACCGGACUCCAUCGACAUCGUACGCGCGUAUCACGAGAACCCGGCGCCUCCGCCCGGCGGUCCGGCGGGGAUUCCCGGUGACGUCCGCGGCUCCACUUGCGGUGCCUGUGGCAAGCCCGAGGCGCGGGGUCAUGUUGUGGUCUGCGACGGGUGCGAGCGCGGCUACCAUCUGGGCUGCGCGGGAAUGCGUGGGCGACAGGCCAUAAACCUUGACGAAUGGGUUUGUGGAGAGUGUGUUUCCAGUGGGGUGAAGAGUAAGCGUUGGCCAUUGGGUGUCAAGUCCAAACAUCUUUUAGAUAUCAAUGCUUCGCCACCCAGCGAUGCUGACGGCGAGGGUAGUGAAGAAUUGCAGGAUUUAAGAAUGCACAAUGAGGGUCAUAAUUCUUUCAGUGCCAACUCAUUUGGCACCGCAUUGACAUAUUCAAACUUCUACAAUGGUAAUGCUAUUGGCUUCCAAAAAGCAUCUGGAGUUGUGACACAUGCUGUUAGAGUGGGUUUUGAGGACGUAUUGAAUCAUACACAAUCAGUAACUAGAAAUUAUGAGGAGGUAGAUAUGGGUUUGCCUCCUGGAAGUCAUAGGAAUGUUAAAAAUACAGCCGCUGGGAAUCCAGGAGAGUUAAUUUUGCAAGCUCUCAGAGAUUUUAUAUCUGAAAGGCAUGGUGUUCUGGAGGAAGGUUGGAAAGUGGAGUUUAGACAACCAAUGAGCAGCUCUGAGCUGUAUGCUGUUUACUGUGCACCAGAUGGAAAGAUUUUUGAUUCUGUGUUUGAAGUAGCGUGUUAUCUAGGGCUAAUGCCUGGCUACAACUCCCUGGAGUCUGAAACCAGAAAUGACAGGCCUGUCUCUUCAUCAGGUGGGUCUCAUUUAACCAGAAAAAGAAAGUCAGCUAGGCUUCCAGUCGCUAAUGGAUUUGCUGAAAGAAGGGAAAACUUUACCAAUAGUUGUUUUAAAGAUCCUCCUUCGGAUGCUGCAAGUGCAGAGUGUGCUAAUGCAUGUGGGAACAUAUCAGAAGCCACAGUAAGCGGAAGGAAAGAGGAUGAUCACUCUUGCCCUCAGCAAUCUGCUGAUGGCCUUCCUUUACAGUUUGAAGAUUUUUUUGUUCUUUCUUUGGGAAAGGUUGAUGAUAGACCUUCUUAUUGUGAUGCUAACAUUAUUUGGCCCGUAGGUUAUAAAUCUUGCUGGCAUGAUAAAAUUACAGGCUCCAUUUUUACAUGUGAAAUUCUGGAUGGUGGUGAUUCUGGUCCUAUAUUCAGGAUCAGACGGUGUUCCUGUUCUGAUUUUUCUAUUCCAGUUGGGUCAACUAUCCUCUCAAUGUCUAACCUUUGUCAAUUUGUUAGUCGAACUAAUGAAGAUGAGGGAAAGAUGAAUGAUAAUAUGGAAUGUGAUGGUGAUGAAAGUAUCCAGAUGAUCCUAGUUGACCCUUGCAAUCCAACAGAAAAUGAUGUAUUGAGCUGUCUUGAAAGUUUCUCUGGUGAAGCACAUGAUAGCCAUACAUUAGAUGUAUUGCAGCCUGCCGCUGGUCCAGUUCAAGAUGAAACUCAUAAUUUAUCUGACAACUUGGGUUCAGUUGGUGAGAUUGUGGUGGAAGAGUGUUCGUCAUCCUCAGCAUGGAAAGAUAUUUCUCAAAAAUUAGUUAAUGCUUGCAGUGAAAUAUGCAGGCAGAAAGGGACUCUAAAGCUCUAUUGUAAACACGUUGAAAAUGAAAUGUAUGUACAUAAAUGGGACAUAAGGAAUGACAAAAAUGAACCCACUUCAUUUGGUAAAUUUUGUGGGUCCCCUGUUCUUGGUAUCCCUGCCAUGGUUCAUGCAGAUAAUGAUCUUGAAAGUUUGUAUGAGGUCUUAAGAAAAUGGUUGGAGCAAGAUAGAUUUGGGUUAGAUGUUGAGUUUGUCCAAGAAGUACUCGAACUACUUCCUGGUGUUGAAGGAUUUUCACGGUAUGAAUUUCUGGAUGCUAGAAGUAAUAGCUCCUCGUUGCCAACAGUUGGAAAUGGGUUCUUGGUUGCUGAUUGGAGGGAUAGAUCCCAAUAUCAGGAUGAAACAGUGCAAGGUUUAUAUAGGAGACACAAGAAAAUAAAAUUGUUCAGGGAAUGUGAAGAAGAUCAUUGUCCACCUCCUGGGAAGCCACUAUCCUCUAGGGUUCCUUUUGAACUUGUUGGUGAUGUUCUUCAGGUUUGGGAACUAUUACACAGAUUUCAUGAAAUUUUGGGCCUGAAGGAACCUUUGUCAUUGGAUGAGCUGGAGAAGGAACUCAUCAACCCAUGGUUUAAUAGAUCAGUCUUUAAUGAAAAACUUGAGAGUGAUGGCUGUGGUGGACCAAUGUUAUCCCCAAACUGUGAAGCUGCUCCUUCAGUUUCUGCUGGAAGUCCCCAUGCAUUUAUUCAAGUGGAAACUGAAGCCAUGAAAGAGGCAGCUCAAGUUAAGCUUGCAUUGUUCACUUACACCACAUGCUUUGGUGCUUCUUUGACCAAGGCUCAUAAUUCCUUGCUGGAGGUUUUAAUAGGUGAACUGCAAUCCAAAGUGGCUGCCCUGGUGGAUCCAAAUUUUGAUCCUGGAGAGCUCAGAACAAAACGUGGAAGAAGAAAAGAUGCAGAUAGCACUGUUCCUGCCCGACGAGCCAAGCUUAAUAUGCUUCCUAUUAAUGAACUAACUUGGCCUGAAUUGGCUCGUAGAUACAUAUUAGCUGUCUUAUCAAUGGAUGGUAACCUUGACUCACCAGAGAUUACUGCACGAGAAAGUGGUAAAGUAUUUCGCUGCUUACAAGGUGAUGGUGGUUUGCUGUGUGGCUCCCUUACUGGUGUGGCUGGGAUGGAAGCAGAUGCAUUGUUGCUUGCGGAGGCUACGAAGAAAAUUUUUGGUUCUGUGACUGGUGAAAGUGAUGUACUUACCUUUGAAGAUGAGGAGUUAGAUGCAAAGGAUGCUUGUGAGAAAACUUCAGUGAAUGAUGGUAGUAUUCCAGAAUGGGCACAGCUGCUAGAGCCUGUAAGAAAACUACCAACAAAUGUGGGAACCAGAAUCAGAAAGUGUGUCAAUGAUGCCUUACUUAAGGAUCCUCCAGAGUGGGCUAGGAAAAUACUGCUACACUCAAUUAGUAAGGAAGUGUACAAGGGCAAUGCAUCUGGACCUACAAAGAAAGCAGUUCUUUCUGUGUUGGCUGAUGUAUGUGGUGAAGGAUCGCAACAGAAGCCCAAUAAAGGAAGGAGAAAAAAGACCGUAAUAUCUAUUUCUGACAUUAUCAUGAAACAAUGUCGCAUUGUAUUACGCCGUGCUGCUGCUGCAGAUGAUUCCAAGGUUUUUUGCAAUUUGCUGGGACGAAAAUUGAUAAAUUCUUCUGAUAAUGAUGAUGAAGGGCUUCUUGGAUCUCCAGCCAUGGUGUCUCGUCCUCUUGACUUCAGGACCAUUGACCUACGACUGGCUGCUGGGGCUUAUGGUGGAUCUCAUGAAGCAUUUCUUGAGGAUGUUCAUGAGCUGUGGAACAAUGUUCGUAUUGCUUUUGGAGAUCAACCUGAUUUAGUUGAGCUGGCUGAUAAAUUAUCUGAGAAUUUUGAAUUGUUGUAUAAUAGUGAGGUUUUAACUUAUGUUCAAAGGUUUGGAGAGUAUGCCAAAUUGGGAAACUUAAGUGCGGAAAUGAGAAAAGAAGUGGAAAGUUUUCUUGCAUCAACUAGUGAAAUUCCAAAGGCCCCUUGGGAUGAUGGAGUCUGUAAAGUAUGUGGCAUUGAUAGGGAUGAUGACAGUGUUUUGCUAUGUGAUACCUGUGAUGCUGAGUAUCAUACUUACUGCUUGAAUCCUCCGCUAGCAAGGAUUCCUGAAGGAAACUGGUACUGCCCUUCUUGUGUUGACAGUAAACAUGUAGUUCAAGAUGUUUCACAAUGUUCAAAACUUGUUGGAAAACCUAGAAGUAAGAAAUUCAAGGGGGAGGUGACUUCGCUUUACUUGGAGGCUCUAACUCAUCUACUAUCUGUCAUGGAAGAGAGAGAAUAUUGGGAGUACAGUGUCGGCGAGAGAACUAUCCUUCUCAAGUUUUUAUGUGAUGAGUUGCUCAACACUUCCCUCAUACGCCAACACCUUGAGCAAUGUGCUGAGUCAUCUGCUGAAUCACAUCAAAAAUUGCGUGCGCUUUCUGCAGAGUGGAAAAGCCUGAAAAUUAAAGAAGAAAUAUUAUCCAGUAAAGCUGCAAAAAUUGACACAUGCUCACUAGCAACUGCUGGAGAAGUUCUCAAAGAGGGGCUUUUGGGAUCACUCUCAAAUCCUGGUAAAUGCCUGGUCCAGCCACAUAGUGCAAGUGACAGUCCUAACAAUUUUGGGGUAUUUGUUGAUAGUUUGCAUUCAGAAGAGAUAAAUAAAGAGAAAAAUGGUUUUCACAGUGUUGAUAAAAGUGUAUCGACAACGAAUUCAGAGACUGAUAGUCAGAAGAGAAAUCCUGUAAAUGUGGAGGGAGAGUUGAAGAAUGCCUGUGCAGCUGUGGAUGGUAGUCAGUUGCCUACAAAUAUGGCUUCCUUUGUGGAUUCUCAAUGUACUGACAAGUCUAGUAAUCCUUUUUCAAUGGUAAAUAAUAUGCCUCAAGAAAUUAACAGCUCUGGUGGAGCAGUUCAUAUCCAGGGUAACCAGCAGAAAUGUGAAGGAAGAGAUACAUCUCUUGAUCAGCAAGGAUUAGGUGUCUCUUUUGAUGGUCCCAAGUCUGCUGUGAAUGAAUCAGAAGCGUAUCUCCUUGAGCUCAAUGGUAUCAGACAUGAUAUCACACUUCUGCAGGAGUCAAUAACUAGUGUUGGAUCACAGCUUGUAAAGCUCUCUGUUCGUCGGGAAUUUUUGGGAAUUGAUUCACUAGGUCGCUUUUACUGGGCUUCAGCAAUGCCUGGCGGAUGCCCGUGUAUACUUGCUGAUUCAACUGCUCUCAUGUUGCGUGGGGGAAGAAUGACAAAUAGCAGAGACCCUGUGGAUAAGAUUUCUGCUUUGAAGAAUUGUGCACUAUCUGGCAAGGAUACCUCUCAGAUGUUAGGGCUGAUGAAAGAUUUCUCUCCUUUAAUGUCUCUGCCAAGUAAUACUGUAGGCUGUAAUUCACCAUGGGUUGCUUAUCAAACUGAUGCUGAAAUUGAAGAGCUCUUGUGUUGGCUGAAGGAUAUUGACCCUAGAGAAAGAGAACUUAAAGAUUCAAUCAUGAUUUGGCAAAAGUCAAGAUUCCAGGAGCUUAUUCAUAUGCAGAACGAAGAUCAGGUUGAGCCCCAAGGACCUUUUCCUUUGCCAGGGGAUAAAGAGAAAAUAGUGUCUGAUUCUCUUGUUACAAAGGCAACCUCCUUGUUAGAGAAGAAAUAUGGCCCAUUCUUAGAGUUGGGAACCCUUGAGGUGUUGAAGAAGCGGGGUAAAAAGGUGAGAACAUCUAAUGAUGAAAAGUUGUAUAGGUGCGAAUGCUUAGAACCCAUAUGGCCUUCUAGGCAACACUGCAUGUCUUGUCACAAAACCCUUUUGAAUGAUGUUGAACUGGAGGGACACAAUGAUGGCAAAUGUAGUGCUGCUUUGUCUGCCUCACAGAAGAAUAAAGAUAUCAGCGGAUCUUCUAAAGGGAGAGGUAAUUUGAAAUUUGAGACCACCCAUGAAAAGGCCAGAGGUAAUGCAGAAACAGGUGGAACCUUGACGAGUGGAGGUUCUGAGCUUAGCUCAAGAUUGAUCAAGUUUUCAAAUCAAGAAUCCUCAUACCCGUAUGACUUUGAAGAUGUAUGUUCCAAGUUUGUGACUGAAGACUCCAACAGGGAAAUUGUUAAAGAAAUAGGUCUUAUUGAUUUAGAUGGAAUCCCAUCCUUUGUUCCUUCUAUAUCUCCUUAUGUUAGUGAUUCUACAGUCAUGCUAAUAUCAAACAAAAAGGAUGAAUAUAUUGCUGGUGGGUCCACGGCUCCUGAAGGGCAGAUUCCUAGAGGAAGUGAAGGAAGUGGCUUGUGCCAUGGCCAUAUAUCAGGAAUUCCUAUUCGAAGUUCCAAUGUGCAUGAAAACAUUAAAGCAGGAAAAUCUAGUAGAUCAACUUUGGGAUCUUCAGGACAAAAGGAUGGAAAAUCUUCAUUUUCUGUUCCUGCUUCACAAGUGGGCACUGACAGCUGCUGUGUGGUACCUCAAUCUUCAUUGAGACCAUUGGUUGGAAAAGUUUCACAUAUUUUGAGGCUACUGAAGAUUGGCCUACUUGACAUGGAUGCUGCACUCCCUGAAGUUGCUUUGAGGCCUUCUAAAGCAAAGUUGGAAAGAAGACAGGCUUGGCGUUCAUUUGUUAAAUCUGCAAGGACUAUAUAUGAGAUGGUUCAGGCGACAUUUACACUGGAGGACUUGAUUAAGACAGAGUACUUAAGAAAUGACUGGUGGUACUGGUCAUCACUCUCAGCCGCUGCCAAAUCUUCUACUUUGUCAUCCCUCGCCCUUCGAAUAUACACCCUUGAUUCAGCCAUUAUGUAUGAGAAAAUGUCAAGUUCAAGUUUUACUGAUUGCUCGGAACCUUCUGUGGUAGCAGAACAGAAAGCACCAGCCACUUCGGAUGCAGAGAAAUCCAAAGCAAUACGGAAGUCAAGCAGGAAAAGGAAGGAACCUGAUGGUUAAAUCAUGGAAUGUAUUUCUUGGCUGAGUCAAGUCCAGAAAGUUGAUCCCAUUGAUGCGUGACGUGAAAUGAUCAUCCGCCAACAUUGUUUGGAUGGAGUGGUUACAGGUCAACUACUGGGGGUUCAAAGGGGCAGCUGUAAACUGCUGGUGCCACUUGCGUGCUUGUACAUAUAGGUAAAGCUGACUUGCUAACUCACAUGCCGGUUUUGGCAAAGCAGAAUUUGUAGAAUUUUCUGCUCGUAGUGACAGCACCAGCAGGUCCAGCACCAAGAAAUUAUGAGGAUCGAUGCAAUUUUGAGUAACUGCUGUUGCUGUCGGAUUGGUUGCUUGAUGGGUAGUGAUUAUAUUUUUCAUUUUUGUAGCAGUCUGAUCCUUAUAUGUAUACAAACGGAAAUGAUGUAAAGAUAUAGAAAAAGGGGGGAGAAAAGGAUAAUGUCUAAGUGAGAAAAUGUCAGGUUGAGCAGUUGUAGGCAAUAUUUCAUUCUUUUAUGCAUUUUCGUUCUCUAACCACUGAAAAUGCUGGCCACGCAUGCUUGCGCAUUUGUUUUUGGGCGUCUGCAGAUGUGGUUGAAUGCAGGAAAGGAAAAUUAUUGGAAUUGCAUUUUUCCAACUGCGUCAUUGUGUAAGUAUACGAUGUCGUUUAAUUUGCUUAUUUUCGUGAUUUCCGAUUAA